AUGGCGGCUGACGGAUCUAAGGCGUAUGAAGUAUUUCCUAACUUCCGACUGUCGGCAUUACCAAACUACACGCUGAAUAUUGGCCAAGGCAAUGGAACUGCAGUUCCUAUGACAGAGCUUUUGAGUAAAAUGAAGGAAAUUGUAAACAAAAUCUACGAAUAUACCUUGAAAGAUGACAUCACUUCCGUUAAACGUUGUAUCGACGAUGAUGUCAUGGCCUGGAACACACGUGACGAAAAUGGAACAACACCUCUUAUGACCGCAGCGACGUUGAACAGACUGGCGAUAUUAAACUUACUGCUAACAUCGAAAUGUGACGUCAACGUCACCGACGUCAACGGAAACACUGCACUCCAUCUGGCAGUAGAUGAAGGCAAUUGUGAUGCUGCCAAGCUUCUUAUAGAAAGUGGACGCGUUAUCGUGGACGCCGCUAACUUCAAAGGAGACACGCCUCUGAUGAGGGCCGCCUAUUAUGACUAUUGCGAAGCAGCCAGGAUACUGAUCUCGCAAGGUCAAGCUGAUUUGAAUAUACGUAACAAAUCUGGGCAGACUGCAUUGCUGAUAGCUCUUCAAGAAGGAAGCCGUAUGACAUCAGAUCUGAUUAUCAAAAGCGGAUGUGACGUCACGAUAUGCGAUAAUCUUGGCAGAAGUCCAUUUUAUAUGGCCAUUCAUAGUCCGUGUAUGAAGAGUUUGGACUGUGCCAGGGCUUUAGUCGAAACAGGGUACGAUUUAAGCGUGGACAAAAUGUGGAUAAUCAAUGACGAAAAACACAACCUGUUUUACCAAGACGACACCCUCUAUUCACAUAUCAGAGGAAUCCUACGUAAACCAUCCUCGGAUGGAAAUAAUAACAAACCAAGCCUCAUCACGAUACCAACGGCGUCAAUAUCUAGUUUAUGCGACAAUAAUUACACAUCAGAAGCUGUCUUGUCACCUAAUGCUAGGACGUCAUUAUCUCCUCCGUAUUCCAUAUCGCCAACACUGAAAGAGAAAAUCAUGUCAACCGAUACUCCCAAUUUCAUACCUAUACCUUUCAGUAAAAUUGCAUCAGAGACCAGAAAAUCACCAAACGCAUCAACAAUAUCUCCGUUAUCUAGUCGAAGAAAUCUUUUCAAAGAGUCAAAUUCUGUUCUUUCUUGGAAAAGACCGGAACUUGCGUCAUCGUUUUCUUCCGAUUCUGAUGACGUAGGAGAUGAUGCAUUGCAAAAAAAUCUAAAAUUGAUUAACUUACCAACUUAUCUUUGUGAAUAUAAUUCAUGCACAGAAUCCCUUAAAGACAAGCAUAUGCCAAAGGUAAACGGCGCAUGGUCUCCCGGUCCGAGACCUAAGUUCGUGAAAUCAGCGAGCGAUGGAGUCCAGUCUGCACCUUGCAGUCCAUUGUUAGGCAUCAAGCGACAGAUGAGCGCCCAGUCGGGAAAGUCCGGUUCCCUUGAGUGUAUGAACUCCCGGAAGACGUCACUUCCGUCCCGGUCGGUAGUAAAGUUCUGCACGGAGAUACACGUGUACGGAGCGAUGUGAGGCGACCUUUGUAUCGCAUUUGAGUGAAUUGUGUAUCAGCAAGUCAUGUGUAUCUGUGCCAAUAAUACGUGUUUGUACGUGCUUAUUAAGAAUGUACCGGUCGAUAAUUAUAAAUAAACGAUUUAGAUAGCUUAUGAAUGGUAAUAGCACGUAAUUAUAUAACAUAUUGGCAAUCUUAACAGGCGAAGUCGAUUUUGUUUUACUGGUAAGUUGAACAUAUAAAUAAGCUUUUAUAUCCAUGUUUACAUGACUGUAGGUAUAACUCCAUAGUCGGAACCCAAUAUUGUAAUUGUUAUAAAUACAUCCGGCAUAUAUGUUAAGCAUGACGACGAGAUAUCUAAUUGGUGUCGUGUCCAAAAAUGCAUGGGAAUAAAACACAGUUAACAUUUACAGUUAUCCGAUGUAAUUAUGUUGCUAUCCAGAAUUAUCUGCAAGAUAAAUUAAAAGGGAGGUGUUAUUUUAUUGGUCACUAUUAUGCAUUGACAACGUGAUAUAUACCUAUGGCUUUGGCAAUUGCCCAACUCUAAACUAGGUUUCACUGCAGUAUGCGAAUAAAUAUGUAUUUGACAAACUGCAGCUUCACUAUGAAUGUCAAAACAUAUUGACACUCAUAGCUAAAAAAAAACUACAUACAUUGUAUGUAUUGUAUAAAUAUAAUGUCUCAAACAGUAUACAUGUGUUGUUAAU